AUGACAAAAGCGCACAUCCCGAUGCUAAAGAGGAAGUAUAGAUUUGUGGUAGCAGUUCUAUUAGGGGUGGUGGUCAUCUCAUGUACGGUUAGAGCCGUUGUGCAAUCGCAGCUCAACAAAGAGAUCAAAUACUUCAAAACAUACUUUGAACAGAAAAAGGAUGGAUUGGAUGCCCUCUAUAACCCAUUAGCUAUUAAGCAGAUUCCUGAAGAAACAAUUGACUUUCUUUACAAGACUAGGCUAGCAGCUGCUGAAAAGAAGAAUGGGAAAGCCAUUGAUUGGUCACAGUAUGCCUACGUUAACUAUGCAACGGAUGCGAACUAUCUGUGCAACACACUCAUCAUGUUCGAAUCAUUGCGGGAGCUAGGCAGCAAAGCUCAAUUGUUGUUGUUGCUAUCCAAACAUCUUGUCGAAGCAGAGACUUCGCCAGACUACCAGCAAGUGAAGAAGAUGGUUAGUCAACUAGAAGAAGCUGGGAAAGGCCAGGUAGUAAUCAAAUACAUUGACAGCAUUAACAAACCAUCCGAUACAACUCAAUGGUCACAAAGUAUGACAAAACUUCUUGUUUUCAAUCAAACAGAAUACGAACGUGUUAUUUUCUUGGAUAAUGAUGCCAUUUUGAAUGACAACCUAGACGAGUUGUUCUUCUUACCGGAUUAUAUUAAGUUUGCGGCUCCAGUGUCAUAUUGGUACCUCUCUGAGAAAGAUUUGGACGAAGCUUGCCGUGAAGUGAAGAAUGUAGAGAAGUUACCAAACAAUUUAGCCAGAUAUACUGACAAGUUGGAAGACCGGAUAAGAAGGAAGAAGUUGAUUUACAACUACUUACCGAGCUUGCCUCCGACAUUGUAUUUGGACUCUAAGAACGUCGCCAAGGAUUUGAUACGAGCUCAAUUUUCCUUAGCGUCUUUGUUCGAUCAUCACAUCUCUGAGAAAUCAGGUAAGAUCAAGUUUGCCUCAAACGUUAUGGUGAUAAAACCUUCCAAAGAGAUGUUCGAAAGCAUAGAGGCUUCCCUACCAAAAAGUCUGAAAAAGGCAGGAAAGUACGACGGGGAUGUCAUCAACGAUGAGAUUUUCAACUUGAGGAAAAUCCUUCACACCCAGUUCAAAUUCUUCCGUCGCAUAAGAUCACAUUUUGUGCCCAGCGUAAUGGUGCUACCAUAUGCUAGGUACGGCUUACUUUCAGGCUCAAUCAGGGACAAUGCUCAACACUCCAUCCUAAGAAAUGACAUUUUGGGAACUCAAAGACUGGAUACCAGUGGAAAUGAGAUUCCAAAAGACAUAUCGGCACUGACUAAGAAUGCUAAAUACAUACAUUUCUCCGAUCAUCCAUUGGGCAAACCUUGGCAAUACAGAUCUGUGGAUGACAUCAAAUGUAUUGUUGACGAGAACAAGUCUGAGGAUUUGCAGACAGAAAAGCAAAUCUGCCGUUUAUGGAACAAUUUAUAUGGCUCAUACCUCAACGACAGAGGUUUGUGUUCAGCGUGA